AUGAAAUUUUUAUUCAAAGUAGGGGUGGUCUUUGUCCUCCUCUUGGCAGUAUAUACCUUCCCAGUCGUUGCAGUCCGUGGAUGCACUGUCAUUGCUAUUCAGCCCGACCUGCGUUGGAAAAAAGCCAUCUGUGAUUCAACUACCUCCCUUUUGACAUCACUCCCUUUGGAUUUGCCGGAGAUGCUAAUUAAUUUGCGCAUUACUCAACAGAACAUUCGACAGCUAAAUGAUAAUGUCCUGAAAAAGUUAAUUUACCUCGAAGAACUCUGCGUGGAAUCUAGUGGACUAGAGCAGGUGGAUGUGAAUGCAUUUCGUGGCUUAACGCGGCUUAAAAUACUCAGCCUUCGCAACAACUCCCUUCGCAUAGAUGAAGGCAACCUUCUUUCAGCCACUUUUCACCAUCUUCCCUCUCUGGAGAUUCUUGAUCUGAGCUACAACCCUCUUGGAUUUAUACCCCCAAACUUCUUCCCAGCAUCAGUGGGUAAAACCCUUAAAGAAUUACGCCUGGAACACACGAAUGGCGACGGUGCACUUAACAUAGACGUGUCUGCAUUCUUUUUUCUCGAGCAGCUGCGUGUGCUUGAUCUCUCUUUUGCUGGUUUCCGCAGUCUCCCCGUGGAUUUCAGAAGUGUGUUUGCGAGGAUGGAAAAUCUGCGUGAACUUCAACUAGGUGGAAAUCCCUGGGUAUGUGACUGUACCCUGCGUUGGUUGAAGGAUUGGUACCUCACCGACGCCCCACCCUCGAUGCGUUUUUCUUACACUCGAAAGACCCUUCAGGAAACUCACGUAAAUGUUGCGCCAACAUGUAGUGAGCCCUAUAGCGUUCACGGUAAGCAAAUAUUUGGCAGCUCUGGACCAAAAACGAUAAAGCUGGAGGAAUUUCUAUGCAAACAGUGGAUAUCCUCUAAAGUAAAAACUGUAAGCGUUCCGGAACAGUCCAAUGUUUCUCUGAAGUGUCACGGUUAUUCUGACACACCUGUUAACGUCCAGUGGUUCAAGAAUAAAAACAUCCUUACAAAACUACCUAGACGUUAUUCCCGCUUUCAAAUCAACUCACCUGAAUUUCAGGCUACUCUACAUAUUUCCAACGUGGCAAAGGAGGACGCCGGUUUUUGGGAGUGUGCCUUGGGUGAAGAUGGUGGCCAACAAAGAGCAUCGAUAAACUUGACAGUUAAACUGGCCGAUGGAUCACUAACGAAGGCCGGUUCUGACAGUUCACAGGCAGAUUCCUACAAGCAAAAUCUCGUGUACGCAGGAAUCGGAAUUGCUUCUCUAUUUAUUCUUCUUGCUGCUUUUGUUUUGGCUAUUUUCUGUUGUUGGAGUGGUCGCAAUGGCAAACCUGCUCGAAUGCAAAUGUGUGCCUCAAAACUCAGAGGUGGAAACUCCUACCAAUUCGGCCUCCAAGGCAUUGGUAGUGAUACUCGUGAACUGAUUGGCAAUCGGGCUGCCAACAGUCGAUCUGACUCACCCGGUCCCAUGCAAUCUAAAUCUCCCAUCCACAUAGUGCAAACUGUGAAUGACCUUGUAGACAGCACUAAUCAGAAGUCUGUCACUUCUCAG